AUGAGCAGCGGAGCGUUUGUUGAGAGCAUUAAAAGCGACCCUCUCAAAGUUUUGGGACAGGGUCCCAAGGGCGCGCUCAAGUGUGCCAAAUUGUACUUGGAUGCUGCGAUCAAGAACUACAAAGGCGUUGUCAAAAGCGAGGGCUCUACACUCCCGCUGAAUGAGGUUGUCGUGGAAGGGCUGGAUGCGAGCCAAGUCUGGUGGCAGGCAAAGAUGAUUGUGGAUGGUAUUGAAACCGAUUUGGUGUCCCGCAUUGAAGAGUUGAGAAGUGCGUUGAAAGAAGACGAGGAAAGCGACGACGAGUUAGAGGUUGAUGCUAAUGGAGACGACGCAGAGUUGUCCGAGAGUGGAGAAGAAGAAUUAGGAAACGCCAAAGAGCACAUCGGUGAUGACUCUGAAGGUGAAUCUGAUGAAAAUGACAGCGACGACGAUGAUGCAGAGAUUCUUAGCGGUGUGGACGAUUUUGAUGAUUUACAAGAAUCUGAAGACGCUCUGGAUGAGGUUGCUGUAGGUACAGAGGUCCCAGAGGUGUCCGAGGAAGCCGCCAAGGAUUCUAAUACACAGAGCAAAAGUAGUAGCAAGUCUAACGAAGGAAAGAAUAGAGAAACAGACGAAGAGCUUAACGACAAAUUCUUUGAUAUCGAUGAAUUUAAUAGACAAACUUUGGCUCAAGAAGAUGGCGGGGUGGAGGAAGACGAUGACGAGGAGGAAGUCGAUUAUUUUGCAGACGUACCUUCUGAAGAAGAUGAAGAAGUCCUAUAUUUUGAUGACUUCUUUGACAAGCCGAAGGAGUCGAAGAAACAGGAUAGAGAUAACAGCAAGGAAGAAGACAAAGAAGAAGACGAAGAGGAGGACGAUAACGAUGAAUAUGUUUCUGCUAUUAACUCUGCCAAACUAGAUUUAUUCGAGGAAGAGGACGAGAAUGAAGAAGAGGAAAGCGAUUUAUCUAGCAAAAAAGACAAAUUGACUUCCUUUGAAAGACAACAGUUGGAAAUUCAAGAGCAGAUAGCACUGCUGGAAGAAGAAGCUGUAGCAGAGAAGAAGUGGGCGCUAAAGGGUGAAGUCAAUGCCAAGAACCGUCCCGAAAAUGCACUUUUGACUGAGGAUCUAGAAUUUGAAAGAACAGCAAAACCUGUGCCGAUCAUCACUACGGAAGUCACCGAAACGCUGGAGGAAAUGAUCAGAAGAAGGAUAAAGGACUCUAAUUUUGAUGAUCUGGCCCGUAGGGUUGCUGUUGACCUUUCAAAGAAGCAACGUAAACCAGCAUUCGAAUUGAGUGACACUAAGUCAUCGAAAUCACUUGCCGAGAUAUACGAGAACGAUUACAAAGGUGUGAAAGAUGACGAGGAAAUCAGCGAAGAACUGAAGAAGAGUCAUGAUGAGAUUACAGAAAUGUUCAACGAUCUGAAUUACAAGCUGGAUGCGCUUUCUUCGGCUCACUUCGUGCCCAAACCGGCUCAAAAGACUAUGGAAGUCAGGGUGAACACUGCCGCCAUCACAAUGGAGGAUGCUCAACCGUUGACUAUGUCGUCCGCAUCUACAUUAGCCCCACAAGAAGUAUACAAGGUGGGUAAAUCUGAAAAUGACGCAGAAAUAAGGCUGAACGAUGGUACCGUCAUGGCUAGAGGGGAACUGUCGAGGGAGGACAAGACCAGACUCCGUAGGGCCGCCAAGCGGAAGAGAUCGAAGCAGUACGCGCAACAGAAACAAGGCCAAGAGCCAGCACAGAAGCGCAGCAAGAAGGACCAAGUUAUUGAAACGCUGUCUCGUGCGAAGAAUCUGACAGUCAUCAACAAGAAAGGUGAGAAACACGAUGUCAAGGGUAAGGAUAAAAAGGACACACAUAGUGAUACUUUGAGGAACGUCAAGUUAUAG